GGCGGCGGGCGCGCCGAGGCUGCCGCCCAGCGCCCUCCUAGCGGCCAUGCCCCGGCCCCAGUAACGCGCCUGCCGCAGCGCGCGUCCCGCAGCCUCGCCCCUCCGCGCCCGCUGCCGCCUCUUCAAUGGGCAACCUGCUCGGCGGAGUCAGCUUCCGCGAGCCCACCACCGUGGAGGACUGCGACUCCACCUGGCAGACGGACUCGGAGCCCGAGCCCGAGCCCGAGGAGCCGGGGCCCGGCGGCGGCGGCGGCGGCGAGGGCCCGGAGCAGGACCCCGAGCUGCCCGAGCUGCCCGCGCAGCCCCCCGAGCGAGCCGGCGGGCGUUCCCUCGCCAGCCCCACGCCGGAGGAGGACGCCGAGGCUGCGCGCGCGGAGCAGGGUGCUGAUUCCACUGAAGCAACUGCCAAACCAAAGAGAAGCUUUUAUGCUGCGAGGGAUUUGUACAAAUAUCGACACCAAUACCCACAGAACUUCAAAGAUAUCCGAUAUCAAAAUGACUUGAGCAAUCUUCGCUUUUAUAAGAAUAAAAUUCCAUUUAAGCCAGAUGGUGUUUACAUUGAAGAAGUUCUAAAUAAGUGGAAAGGAGAUUAUGAAAAGCUGGAGCACAACCACACUUACAUUCAAUGGCUUUUUCCCCUGAGAGAACAAGGCUUGAACUUUUAUGCUAAAGAACUAACUACAUAUGAAAUUGAGGAAUUCAAAAAAACAAAAGAAGCAAUUAGAAGAUUUCUCCUGGCUUAUAAAAUGAUGUUAGAAUUUUUUGGAAUAAAACUGAUUGAUAAAACUGGAAAUGUCGCUCGGGCUGUUAACUGGCAGGAAAGGUUUCAGCAUCUGAAUGAGUCCCAGCACAACUACUUAAGAAUCACCCGUAUUCUUAAAAGCCUUGGCGAGCUUGGAUAUGAAAGUUUUAAAUCUCCUCUUGUAAAAUUUAUUCUUCAUGAAGCUCUUGUGGAAAAUACUAUUCCCAAUAUUAAACAGAGCGCUCUGGAGUAUUUUGUUUAUACAAUUAGAGACAGAAGAGAAAGGAGAAAGCUCCUACGGUUUGCCCAGAAACAUUACACACCUUCAGAGAAUUUUAUCUGGGGGCCACCUCGGAAAGAAGAGUCAGAAGGAAGCAAAGCCCAGAAAAUGCCUUCCCCUCCCACCUCCAGUCAUAACAGUCAGACUUCUAUGCACAAAAAACCUAAGGACUCCAAAAAUUCCUCCUCAGCUGCUCCUGUAAAUAGCAAAACAGCCGAAGAAAAAAAAGUGGCACCUGGAGAGCCUGGAGAAGAGACAGACAGGCCCAGCGCGGAGCCCGGCCCUGAGGCUGCUGGGCUGAGGAGCGUGGAGAAGGAUGGGAACCCCGAAAACUCAAAUUCUCCACCAGAAAAAAUGACAAGCGAUCCCACAGAGGGAAAGCAGAGUGUACCGCCUCCUGAGGAAGGUGAAGAGGGUGGAAAUCAUGACAAAGACUGUGACAAUCCUGGAAGUACAGGUUCUCAGGAUGAGGUCCUGCCCCAGUGAAUUAUCAGAAACCCACCAACCAGGUUAGGUUGGGCAGGAGAAAGUUGCUGUGCAGCCUAUCCUAAUGAACAGAGGUCAUAUCUCACAUUUUAGCCAUCUGUUUGUGAUUUAUGUUGUAAGCAUUUCAUUGUGUGUUUUUUUUUUUAAUUUUGGAUGGCAAUAAGUUUAAUAAGAUGUUUCAAGAUAAAACCCAAUAAAUGUAUUCUGUAACACUUUUAGGAUGUGAGUUUACACAUUCUGUGUACAAGAAUUAUUUUGCAAUUAUUUUUAUGUAUCUGGAAAUAGUCAUGUAAUAUUGGUAAUACCAAAUAAAUUCCAUUGAGAGAUUACAGUCUACCUGAUGAAAACCAAGAUGAUAAUUUCAUUAUGUUGCUACACCUUUGACCGAUUUAUGGGUUAAUUAUUUUUAAGCUGGAAGAAUCUGGUCUUCUCAAAUGUAAUCAGAAAGUAAUUUGGAUUUUUUUUAUUACAACAGCUCAACAUGUUUAUUUUGACAUUCUGAUAGAUGAAAUGGAUAUCUUGGGGAAGCUAUGAUCCCUCCAGCCCAUUUGUCAGUCUUGCUGCCUUUUCCUGUUCCCCUCUCUGCACUCACCCUCCUCCACCAUCUUCAUCAGCCAGCACGUGCAUUCCUCCUGUGCAUUUGGGGAAGCUCCUAUAUUGAAAUUGAAAUGGAACAGAGGGGAACUUUUGACUGUAUGAUUUCAAAAAUUUGCUUUGCUUGAAACAAUAAAAUUGUUUUCUGUAUUAAGUGCUUAAUUUUUUUUUUGGAUGCAGAAAUCCAAGAAAAGAAUUUUGCCUUCUGUGACUGUUCCAUAUGAAUUUGGUACUUGUUUCUGAAUAUAAAUGACUAAAGAUUUAAAAAAUAAGAAAGGAUAUUAUUUAUUUUUAAAAGACAUAUCUCUUGCUCCUAAAGCAAGCAGAGCUCCUAAAGUGGUCCCUAAAACCCAGAAUAUCUUAGUGUUAUGUGGGUCUCUUUUAAAAGAAUUACAAUUUGUUGCUUCUCUAAGUUGGCAAACAUUGAAAUUGAGAACAGAUUUGAAAUUCCAUGUAUUUGGUUUUCAUAAGCACUUAAUGUGUUAAUACUGGUCAAGAGCAAAUAAUUUUAUUCUUGUAAUGUGUUAACUAAUUAUUAUUACACAUCAGGAAAAAUCAGAAACACUGUGGUGAGAACUUCAAAGCAUGCAUACACAUAUACUUAAAGCAAUGAAUAGGAAAGAAUUUUUUCAUUUUAUUUUAUUUAGAAAAAAAAUUGGCUUUUGUGUGUCUCUUAGGGGUUUGAGAAAAGUACUGUUUACCCCCCACCCCCGCCCAGGGAAUGUUUACUGUCCUAUUUAUUAAUCACAUCAUAUGUCAUCUUCUGUUAAAUUUAUUGGUCAGAGGAUUUUAAGCAGAGUAUUUCUGGAAAACAAACACACCCAUAGUAUGCCUUUAGAAAUAUGAUUUUAUUGCUUUGAAGUUUACAGGAAACAUCACAGUUGCUCAAACUUGGCUUUGUUUAUAUGAAUGUUAGUCAUGUUGUAUAUUAUAUUACAAUAAAUAUAGAAUAUUUGUCAUUUUUGCUUCCCCAAAUAUACCAGUUUUUGCUUUCUACCGUUUCAUGAAGUGAUCAUUAGGAUUUGGGGCAGCAGUUCUUUCCAUUUUUUUAAAAUGGAUUUCUGAUGUGGUGUUUGCUGUCGCACCAUCCCCACAGAGUUCAAUAAACAGCAUUGUAGGGUUAGGGGUGAGAACAGGGUGUCCCAUUUGGCUGAAUUUUAGAAAUAUGAUUAAUUCAAAACAUCUUACCAAUUUUGUACACAUGAUAAAGUGUUCAAACUGUUUUCUGAGUGCAUAAUGUUAAGAACUUGUGACCACAUAUUAAGAUAGUAAACAGUGGACAGAUAUUAAAAUAAAUGGCUAUCGUCUGAAUUACUUAGAAACUGUAAUAUAUCAGAACCCUUAGACAUAAAGCAUUUUAUUCAACAAUUUAACUUUGAGAAUAUUAUUCCUAAUUAGGGGUUUGAUUGGAUCAUGCCAUUUAAUUUGAGGACAUUUUGUCUUCAGGGAAAAACUGCCAGGCUUCCAUUUAAAACAGCGGCCUUUCCCUGCAACAUUGUUUUGUAAAUGCGUGCUCGUGUUACAGUGCGAUGCCCACACUUAACCUGUAAGUGACUUCUGAGAGGAUUAUUCAGGGGAGAGCAAGUGGCUGUUUUUCUUUUGCAGAUAAAAAUUUUGAGUGUCUAGAUUUUUUUCUAUUAAGAAUACUUUGUACAUUUAGUAGUUUUUAGAAUAAGAUCUAUAGAUAUGUAUUUAUGUGUGUCUUAGAUAUGAAAACAACCCUCUGGGUUUGACUCUGCUGUUUGGUAUCUUUAAAAACUACCAUAUGCUUACAGAAACUUACUGAGAAACUGUUAUAAAAAUGCAGUGAAGCAUGGCUAAAAGCUAGAAACAUUAUUGAGUCUUUGCAAAUAUAUAGACUUUCUUGUUGUACCAUGGACUGUGAGGAUACUAAAUAUUGGCUAUUGAUAGCAUACUAACUUGUACUUCAUGGCAAAUUGACAUUGUACCACUUGGUUAGUCUAGUGCAUUUCUAAUAUUUUGUGCUUUCAUAUCUCUAAGCAGAUAAUAUAUAUGAAAAUUUUGACAUUAAAAAGUGAUACAUAAUUAUGAGAUAUGUGUCAGUACAGUCAAGAUUUAUAACAUUAAGAAUAUUGUACCAUUAUAUAUGUUCAUGCUUGACCUCAUAAGAAAUUCAAAAGAAUCAUGGUAGAAGUGAAAAUAUGUCAGCUUUAUCUAAAUCAGGUUUAGUUCUCAGUUCAAAGACUUGGUAUAAUUUUAUUUUAAAUUUAGUUUUUGAAGACUACUUCUUAUCACCUUCAAGGAGAAAAUGAAACCUACAACUCAGAAGUUACUAGAGAAGUUCUAAGACAUGCUAGAAUCAUUUCAAAUGCAGGUGCAGUUGUAGACAAUGAUGGCCUGGGUUAACGUCUGAUCUAGAAAGUUAGGAGUGUACGUAUGUUGAGUUCUUUCCACUUGGAAUUCUGCAGUGUUUAUUACAUGAACAGAUUUGUGUGGGUAAUGUCUAGGGUGACAGUGAGUACUGCCCUGCCUCCUUCCCUGUUCUAAUUUCCAGCCCACCCAGCAGAUUGUGUUCAGGGACAGACUGUUUUUAGAAACCCCUUAUUACUGAAGUUAACACAGUUAUACAUGUGAAUGCCUGGAGAUGGCCAGAUGUGCCUUAGCUAAUGUAAAUGGUUUUCAUUCACAAGUUUAAACUUUCAUUCCAUUGUAGAAUCUUGCCACAAGGAACUUUCCAAAUCAUGAAUAUCAGUUACUUUAAUGAAAUUUACUUUGGUGCUUUUUCACUGUGAAGAAAUUUCCAUUUGUAACAGUAGCAUCAGUUCAUAAGGAAGUGUCCUUGCUACAUUGUUCAGCAAUAUAUUUGACAAAAGUGUUUAUAGUAAAAUGAUUAACUAUAUUGUUACAUUUACUUAUGCUUUUGCUUAAUUUUGCUACAUGCUAUAAUUUUCAAUUUAAAUAUCUCUCAGUUACUACAAGUAAUCUCUGGACUUGACUUCCUGUUCUUAGAUGCAGAUGAAUGCAGAAAAUGGAAGUCUACUAGAGAGAUUAUGGAAAAUUUUACUCCAGUAGGUAUUAGAGAAACCUGACAUUUAUUUUUAAAACUUUUAUGCUAUAGUCUUAUUAGAAACAUUUACAAAGCACUGUUUUUGCUUUUUUCCUAGAUGAGAGAGAAUGUUCUUUGUCAUUCCCUUUUUUCCUGAUCUGUUGAGAAGCUAAUAUUUUUUAGUUAUUUGCAGAAAGUAAGGAAAUAACUUCUUAAUAAGUUUGCUUUGUUUUAUGACCCAGACUAUGCAUGGAAGUAGAGUUCAUGGAGGAAGAGGCGUCUGAGAACCAGGCGGGCAUCUUGGGGAAGUGGAGCCAACCAGCACUAGGCAGCCAGCGGCCCCUCCAAUGGCUUGAUGGGUCCUCAGAGCUAACUCUGGAUAAUGAGGGUGUUGGGCCCUAUGAUCUCUGAAUUCUGAGGAAGGUGGGCCAACGUGGACUCCAUAUACCAUUAUGAUAAGCAUCAAUUUUAAUAAAAUAUCUGUUGUAAUUUAUUUGGUACCAUUUUGUAGUUUAGGAAAUUGUGAGCAAAUGGACACUUGCCCUAUAAAUUAUAGCUGUAUUUUUAUCCCUGUCUUGGGAAAUAGGUUAAAAUAUCAAUUCCACCUACACUUCCCCCAGUUUUUCAAUUAGAAAUUUUUGGGUUGUUCUUUCAUAGGUAUAUAUAAAAAUGUCUUUUCAUAAAGUGAUUCAGUGUACUUUAAAAAUGAGGUAAAAGGGAAAAGGCAUCGAUGCUCACUUGUUAUGCUAAAAGAUCUUUUCAAAAAAGUCAGAAACCUUAUGAAAAUAUUUUUAUUUUUAAAUUAUAAUGGAUUUGUGGAAUAGUUUACAUUACUAGAAUGAUUAAGUAAUAAGCUUUGGUCCUAAGAAGGGUUCAAGUUCUGCACUCCUUGGUCAAUGUGCAUUUUUCUUCAAUGCGGAAAGAUUUCCUUUCAUGUGAAGAAAAGGAAAAACACAAACUAAAACAAAAGAUUAGAAACAGUAACAAGAAACUCAUGACAAAAAUGUAUAACCAAUUAUAGGUUAGUGCAAGUGCCAGCAUUAUUGGAACCUGAUGAGUAUUCCACAGAAGCCUCACAGUGGGGCGGGCUCUCAGUGUCAGCAAUUUGUGCUGAGGCGACAAUGCACUGGCUUUGGAAACCAAAUCCCAUUAAUACUCUCCUGUGAACCAUGAAUUCCACCUACUCCACAGUAGGCUGACAGAAUUAAUCAAAUGAUCAGAUACCAAGUUUAAUUCCUUUGCUGGUGUGUAUGGAUAGUUGCUGGUUUUACAACAAAAAAUUAAAUUGAGGGACUGGCUGCAGAUAAGAGAGGAUUUAGUGAUAAGUUGUUGAUUGAUGAAGUAACUCUCUUAUACUGUCCAGAGUUGACAGCAUUCUAACAGUGUGGCAUCACAAUUACAA